AUGUCGCAGUACGCCUACCUGUUCAAGUACAUCGUCGUCGGCGACAUAGGCGUUGGCAAGUCAUGCCUCCUGUUGCAGUUCACGGACAAGCGGUUCAAGCCCGAUCACGACUUGACUAUCGGCGUCGAGCACGGUAGUCGGAUGGUCACCAUUGACAACAAGAAAAUAAAGCUCUCCAUCUGGGAUACUGCAGGUCAGGAGGCUUUCAGGUCCAUCACUCGGUCCUACUACAGAAGUGCUGUCGCUGUCCUUCUCGUUUAUGACAUUACUAGGAGGGAGACCUUCAGCCAUCUCACGAGCUGGCUGGAAGAAGUGAGGGAACUGGCGGAUGGAAACAACAAGGUCACCAUCAUGCUGAUCGGCAACAAAACGGAUCUUGCUCACAAGCGGGCCGUCAGCACAGAGGAGGGCGAGCAGUUCGCCAGGGAGAACGGCCUCGCCUUCAUGGAAACCUCUGCAAAAACACGGCACAACGUUGAUCCGGCGUUCGUUAAAACCUCGUUGAUGGUGUACGAGAAAAUUCAGGACGGUGCCAUCGAUGUGUCCAAGCCAACAUAUGGUUCAAGAAUUGCCUAUGGACAACUCCUACAAAUAUAA